CGCUAUUCAUUGCUGCCCUGCCCUGCGCGAGCUCCCUCCUGCCUCCGCCUCCGCCUCCGCCUCCCAGGAUCAGGAUCGCGAUCUCUCCCCGCGGCCGGCGCCCGCCGUCUCCGACGACCCUCGCGACGGACAGGUAGAUCGUGGCGCCGCUCCUCUCUCCCGGAGGCCCCGAGGAUCGGACCGGCCGGCCGCGGAAUGGGCGGCCGCGAUGACUAGCGAGGCCGCGCGGCGGAGGAGGAGUUGGCGUCGCCGGAGGCGGCGGUAGCGGCAGCGGGACCACGGCUCUCAAGUACCAUGGUGCAGUGCCUGGACGGCGCGAAGCAGAUCCUCGCGGUCCUCUUCAGCUGCUUCGACCUCGAGCUCAAGCAGCCGCGCGGGCUCGACGACCCCCAGCUCCUCGCGCGCGAGACCGUCUUCAGCGUGAGCGAGGUCGAGGCGCUGUACGAGCUCUUCAAGAAGAUAAGCAGCGCGGUCAUCGACGACGGCCUGAUCAACAAGGAGGAGUUUCAGCUGGCGCUCUUCAAGACGAGCAAGAAGGAGAGCCUCUUCGCUGAUCGUGUAUUCGAUUUGUUCGACACAAAGCACAAUGGAAUUUUAGGGUUUGAAGAGUUUGCUCGUGCAUUGUCAGUGUUCCACCCAAAUGCUUCAGUUGAUGAGAAAAUUGACUUUUCAUUCAAGCUGUAUGAUCUUAAGCAACAAGGCUUCAUUGAGAGGCAAGAGGUUAAGCAGAUGGUUGUUGCUACACUUGCAGAGUCUGGAAUGAAUCUUUCUGAUGAAAUUAUAGAAAGCAUAAUUGAUAAGACGUUUGAGGAGGCCGACACGAAGCAUGAUGGAAAAAUUGACAGGGAAGAGUGGCACAAUCUGGUUCUUCGGCAUCCGUCUUUACUGAAGAACAUGACUCUCCAGUACCUCAAGGACAUCACCACGACAUUUCCAAGCUUCGUCUUCCAUUCUCAGGUCGAUGAUACCUGAAAUUCUUGCACUUCUUUCGGAUCGAAACAUCAGAAGAUAAACUCACGGUGAUUUUUUAAGGUUUUGGCAUUGGGUUGUUUGGAUUGGCAGAGUGGUGCUCUGAAGGAUGUUGAACUUGAGAAUGCGAUUCAUUGUUGUUAAAUAACCUUGCUUCUUUCAUUUGGAAAAGUUAGUACGGUGGGAGCCUUCGGGCGAGCUGUAAUCUAUAUCUGAAGCUCACAUUUUCUCAUCUCCCUUAUUUUUGGUUUGUGGCUGGUUAGCGGUCAGGUCCAGUUCUCUGAGAAUUCUGCUAUGUGUACAGAAAUGGAAACGGCCCUAAUAUGGGGGUUUUAUUAA